GGGAAAAGAGAUUGAUAUCGGACCUCUGCGGCUAAAACGGUGUGUAAAGCUACAGUGAAAUCGAAACAAAAUACGUUUUCUCGGUUAUCAUUGUAGCUUUAGCGGAGUUUAUUCUUGAAAUAGAUAUGAACUUUGUAUACAUUAAAAUGCAUAGCCUAGCUGUAACGUACGUCCCGGAAAACCGGAAAAUAAUUUACCUCAACUUAAAUGGGCUCCCGACUGGCGCAGCGGUCUAAGGCACUGUAUUUCAGUGCUAGAGGCGUCAGACAUCCUGGUUCGAAUCCAGGCUGUAUCACAACCGGGCAUGAUUGGGAGUCCCAUAGUGCCGCACACAAUUGGCCCAGCGACGGUGUAGGCCGUCAUUGUAAAUAAUAAUUUGUUCUUAACUGCCUUGCCAAGAUAACGAACGGUUAAGUAAAAAAAAAAAAAAUGAAUUAGUUAAAUUCGGAUAUACUAUAUAUUCCCUUGACGUAGUGAUGCUAAAUGUUUUAAAAAAUCGCCCAACAUACCCCCCUCUCACCUGUUGCUCCAAUAGACAAUAGGCAUGUUUAGCAUUAUGCUACAUCCCGAUUUAGAAACAACCCCCCAGGCACCGUGCAGGUGCAUUUUAAACCAUACAAGUUCAUAUCUAUAUAGCCUUGACAUGGUAGUAAAAAGUUAUUUUUGAACUUAAUACUGAUUCAUAUUGACAACAUUUUCUUUGCACUUCUUUGCACUUUGCACUUUUCUUUGCACUAGAAGAAAGGUAAGUCUAGCCUAAGUCUAGCCUAAUGUGUGAAAGCAUUAUGAAGAGUUUUGUCACGUUUCACCCCAUCGCUCCUUUCUGCAGGUCUUGUUCUUUUAAAGAUGGUGUUAGUGAGAAGAGUGGUGUGAAAGAAUGGACGUCUUGAGAGGGAAAUGGAAGGAAAAAUGCAUUCUGAACGUUUGCGCUCUGCUCGUAGUGUGCUGGUCAGUAGACCCCUCCCUCUCGGCACCACCACCUCCUGAUAGGACCCGGGAGUUGCAAUGCCUUGAGGGGAGUCAUUACCGCACUGCUAACGGGACAUGCUGUCGAAAGUGCCAUGAAGGGUUUAAGUUGAAGGAGGACUGCACUAAAGAGGGUGAGAGCCAAUGUGAACCCUGUAAAGAGGGCAGGACAUACCUAGAGAGGAGUAACUACGCCAAGAACUGCCUCCGUUGUACACGCUGUGAUGUAGACAAUGAGGAAGAGGUGUCGCCAUGCAAGAAGAGUAGGAACGCAGUGUGUCGCUGCAUUGAAGGCUUCUACAAAAAGAGAAUAAACUCAGUAACACGGGAGUGCCUCCGUUGCAAGACAUGUGGACCUGGAGAGAGAGAAACGCAACCAUGUACUCCAGAGAGCGAUACAGUGUGUGAAUGUAAGGGCUUCCGAAACAAGAAAAACAACAGGAACUGUCUUCCAUGCCAAAAUUGUAGAUCAGUUGACUGUCAGCAGGAGUGUGCUUCAGGCACAGAUCCCACUCCCAAACCUAAAGACACUGGAUGGGGUGUUUGGUCUCCCUACCUGUUGGCUGCGUUCGGCUGUGUUUGUGUGGUGCUGCUGGUGGUGAUGGGGAUCAUGGGCGUACUAGUGGUCCGUCGGAAACCGAAGGGGUCAAGCUCCUUUCUCUCUGCUGAGAUCACCUCUCAGGGCUCCGAGAAGUCUACUCGGAGGCUGAUCCAACAGGCCUCAGAGAACGUUCUCAACCAGAGUAUCCCAGUGUGUGAGUGUGAACAGGAGCUCCUCAGCAAGCUACCGGACUGUGUCCCCAAGGAGAUCAAGAUCUCUGAGUUGAUCUACUCUGUGUUGGACCAAGUUCCUCUGCGUCGUGUGAAGGAGCUGGUGCGUUCGCUGGGUGUGAGUGACAUCGUUAUAGAGAGGGCUGAGAAUGACCACCUCCGUGACACUAAGGAAGCCCAGUACCAGAUGCUGAGGGUCUGGGCUAAGGGAAGUGCUCAGGGAGGGGGAGGGGUGCUAGCACGCCCUCUACUGUACCACCUGCUGGAUAAGCUGAGAGACAUGGACCUGGGAGGGACUGCAGAGGAGCUGGAGACCAAGUAUGGAGAUCAGUAGAGGGAGAGAGAUGCAGACUGUAUAGACCAAGUAUGGAGAUCAGUAGAGGGAGAGAGAUGCAGACUGUAUAGACCAAGUAUGGAGAUCAGUAGAGGGAGAGAGAUGCAGACUGUAUAGACCAUGUAUGGAUAUCAGUAGAGGGAGAGAGAUGCAGACUGUAUAGACCAAGUAUGGAGAUCAGUAGAGGGAGAGAGAUGCAGACUGUAUAGACCAUGUAUGGAUAUCAGUAGAGGGAGAGAGAGAAGAUCAGGCACACAGACUCAUCCCCUUGUCCCUGACCUCACUUGUGUAGACCUGAGAGAAUAGGAUUGGUACAGUGUAAGCAAUAUGGUAGUUGUUCCACCUGGUCCAGAUCUGAUAGACUAGGUGGAAGUGAUGCCAUGCUUUCACAAUAUUUCCUAAUGUAUUAUAUAAUCUUUUGGCAGUGAGCCAGAUUAUUGAUUGCCAACUGUAACUUAUACUGUUCUCAGGUUUUUUUUGUUGCUCAUUCAAACCAAUGAGUGAGGAAUCGUAUGUUACAAAGCAGUUUUAGACAGUGUUGUUUGUAAAACAGGCAAACUUGUAAUGUGUCACACACAGGUAUGAGAACCACACUAAGAAUUUAGUUAAAUGUCGUGUUUAGAGUAAUACAGAUUUAACACCCAUCUAUAGUAUUACAGUUCUAUAUUACUGAGUAUUAGGUGGCGACAGGUAGCCAGUAACUGAAAGGUUGCUGGUUCAAAUCCCUGAGCUGAUAACGUGAUAAAAAUCUGUCUGUGCCCUUGAACAAGACACUUAACCAUACUUUCUCCUGUGAAUCGCUCUGGAUAAGGAUGCCUAAAAUGUAAAUGUGAAAUGUAUUAUUUACUGGUGUUGCAGUAGUACUCAAGCAAAUAUUUAGAUGGGGAAGCUAAAAGCUAUACAGAUUCCUUCUGUCUCGAUCUUGCAUUAAUCAACCACAAACAUAUCAAAAGAUAUUAGCAUUAUAUGUCAUAUUUGAAGUCUUUGUAUUGGUUUGUAUAUGGUUAUUAAUACUGCAUAGGAGGAUGUUGUAUAUUUGAAUGGUUAUUUGAUAAGUUGCUGCUUGGGCGUGAAGAUAAAACUACUGUAGUUUUGCUGUCUUUUACUACUGUCUUGAUGUACAUAUUCUUGUUUUACAAAAUAGGUUAGGUAUGUAUCAAUCUGUCUUCUCACUGUACUAUUCAAUCACACCCAUCCAGGUUGUCUCUCUGCUGUGGUUUUGGAUCACCACAAGUGAUUGAUUCUUCUAUCUGUACAGUAAUAGUUGUGUCAGUACUGUUAGGGCACAGGCAGGUCUUCUGCAGGUGUUAUCCCUGAGUUAUUGACAUUCCUUAAAGCCCCAUCAUCAUGCCGCCAUUAUUCAGCAUCACUUAGUCAGAGGACACACCUGUCACUCUGCAGGGCUGACUGAUCUCUGGGAGACUAAACAUGGAAACUAGGGAUGGAUAGAGUGGCAAGGAAAAGUAUGUGAACCCUUUGGAAUUACCUGGACUUCUGCAUAAAUUGGUCAUAAAAUUUGAUCUGAUGUGCAUCUAGGUCACAACGAUAGACAAACACAGUCUGAUUAAACUAAUGACACACUGACAA